GUAGAGUUAGUCAUUUUUAAUUAAUUAAUCAUUCCAAUGAACACACUUCUAUUUUGUCAGCCAGCAGCAGCUAGAUUUUUCCCUUGAUACUCGGCGAAGAGGAGGAUGGCAAGUUAUGCUCCACCCAUCUCUCCUUUUAAAAGCGGCAGCCCCGGGUGCCAGUUCAGUCUCUCCCAGCUCGCCGCUGCCAUAAAGCACCACCAGCUCGCUCUGCUCCCGUUGCAUUUCACUUUUUCGCUUUUCCCUCAGCAGGGUGCAGGAGGUGGCCGGGCUCUGAGGCUCAUAGAGGCUUGCACGCACAAUCCGGAGCAAUAAAACCCCUCUGAUUGCCCUCACCUGUCUCCAAACCAAAGCAAAACCAAUUGCCGGUGUUGGGAAAGGGACGGCACCAGAGCCAGCGCCCGGCGUGGGGAUCCUAUCUAAAGGGGAAGAUCCGAUCUAAAUGGGCAGGUCUGAUCUAAAGGGGAAGAUCUGAUCUAAAGGGGAAGAUCCAAUGUGCAGGAACGUCUGGAGGAACAAGAAGAAAGAAAAAGAGAAUUUUAAAACAGAAAGACGCUGAGGAAGACUUUAUUUUUGGAUUUUGCAGCAAACUUAGGAAAAGUUCUUUUUAUUUUAAUACAUCUUUUUUUUUUUUUUUUUUUUCCCCCCCAAGAACACUGCUGCCUGUUCCUAAAAGCUCUUCUUUUUCAAUGCGCAUGCAUUUAAGAAAGCAAGAAGACCAAGGGGGAAAAUAGCACACGGACUACCUGCUAAGGAGCCACUCAUUGGAACACAUAGCUGGAUGCCCGGUGCUCAGAGGAGCUUCUCCCCACCCACCCUAUGAGAUAGCAGAGCCCCUCAGCCCUGCUCCCCGCACCCCCCCGGUGCUGAGGCGAUGGGGACCGGCAGCCUGCUUGCUGCCUGAGGCCGGCUGCCACUGCUUCCCUCCCAGGGCUCUCCGUCCAUGUGCCCGCAGCCGGCGGGGCCUGAAGCCGGCAUGAAUUUCGGCGUGGUCUUCGCCGUCAUCCUGUCCCUGCCCCUGGCCCGCCUGGAGGGGGACCCCAUACCUGAAGAUAUUUAUGAGAUUUUGGGUGACAGCUCCGUGCGCUCCAUCAGUGACCUCCAGCGUGCCCUGCGGAUAGACUCCGUAGAACAAGACAGCUCUAGCCUGGACCUGAAUGCAACUCAGCCCAGCCAAAACCAUGUGUCCCUGGCUCGAGAGAGGCGAAGCCUUGAUGCUCUGGCAGCAGCAGAGCCAGCUGUCCUCGCCGAGUGCAAGACGCGGACGGUGGUCUUUGAGAUCUCCCGCGACAUGGUGGACAGCACCAACGCCAACUUCGUGGUGUGGCCACCCUGCGUGGAGGUGCAGCGGUGCUCCGGCUGCUGCAACAACCGCAACGUGCAGUGCCGCCCCAUGCAGAUUCGCGUCCGGCACGUCCAGGUGAACAAGAUCGAGUUUGUCCAGAAGAAGCCAGUAUUCAAAAAAGUCGUUGUGCCUUUGGAGGACCAUGUGCAGUGCCGGUGUGAAGCAGUGUCCCGGCCGCCCCCCAGGAGCAGCCGGCCAGCACCCCGUGAGCAGAGACGCUUGUCGCCGUCGUUCACCACAGCCGCCAUCUCCCAGAGGAAGCGGGUACGCCGGCCGCUAGCACAGAAGAGAAAACACAAGAAAUACAAGCAUGUCAACGAUAAGAAAGUGCUGAAAGAAAUCCUCAUAGCAUAGAAGUGCUGGCAGGGGAGAGAGAGAGAACAAGGUUUAUUUAAUAUAUUUGCUGUAUUGCCCCCAUGGGGUCCUUGGAGUGAUAACUUUUCCUCUUUGCCAGUCUGCCUCAACGACUGAUUCAGGCGGCAAAUGGUGCUUCCCUUUCCAUCAGUGGACCUUCUCCUACCGAAGCCUCUCCCUUCUUUCAUUUAUUAACAUUUUAAAGUUUUACAAAAACAAAACAAAACAAAACAAAAAACAACCAAAAAAAAGACAAAAA